AGAAGGAAGAGAAGGAGGAACAGGAGAGGAAAGAUGGGGAAGAGUUGAGGGAAAGAGAGAAAGAAGGAGAAAAAGAGGAAGAGGAGGAGGAGGAGGAGGAGGAGAUAAAAGAGAUGGAAAUUAAAAGAAGCGAGGGCAAGACCAACGAUCCAUCCAGUGGUUCAGAUACGAAGAGUGAACCAGCCCGUGCCACUGACAUAGGAAAGGUCCUGAAGGAGACAAGAGAAAAGAUAGAGAAGAAUGGAAAAAGUGAUAAGGAUGGUGCUAAAGUCAAGACAGAGGAGAAGGAAGAAACCUUAAAUGGCAUGGAAGAAGGAGAGAUUGCCAGUGAGGAGGAAGGACCACAAGAGAAGUCCCAAAGCAAGCCCCAUAAGAAGAAAUCAAAGAAAGACAAGGACAGACACCGAGACAAACGGAAGUCUAAGAAGGAAAAGGACCGGAACAAAGAAGAUAAAAAGAAGAAGAGAAGGGAACGAGAACGGAGCAGGUCCCGCACCCGUGAGCGAGUCAAGUCACGGAGUAGGUCACGUAGUCAUGACCGAGGGAGGUCACAGACCAGGUCGAGGACCCACGAGAGAGGUAGAUCGAGAAGCAGGUCACGGUCGCGGGAGAGACACAAGUCAAGAAGACAUUCAAGUCGUUCAAGAGAUAGAUCCUCCAGAGUGCGGCACAAGAGUCGUUCCAGGUCUCGCUCACGCUCCAAAUCCCACAGUCACAGAAAACGGGAUAGUGUUAACGAUUUGAGAGAUAAGGUGACCCGUAAGAGGCUGCUGGAAAUAGCCCGCCGCAAUGCUGUGUACCUCAUGCAGAAUGGCUGCCUUCCCCCGAGUGUGGAGCAGGAGCAGCUGGUCAAGAUCAAGGCAGGCGGGAAGAGUGUUGAAGAGCUCACCAAUUUCUGCAAGCAGCUGGUGGCAACGGGGAACUAUAGUGACGUUGAACUGAGUGAACCUUCCCUCAGCUCAGGGGACGACAAUGAGAACUCGGACAAGCCCUUUAGUAACACCCGACACCCCUUCAGUGUGAGGGACUCCAAACCUAUCCUCAUGAACAUCAGGAAUGCCCCCAUGCUGCCCACCAAGACCAACGCCGAGCGAUUGGCUGACCAAGCCAAGUUGCGUGAGCAGUUCCCGGUGUCGAGUGGCUCCCAACAUCGCACCAAGGGGGAGCUGACAGCCACCGAGGGGAAGCUUCUCACAGAGAGCAGCUGGGUGCCGGUGUCUCCCAAGGAGAAGAAGGAAGGAGAGGACAGAGUGUUCCCUGAGCCAGAACCCGUGGCGGUGGACAUCUCGCAGAUAGUGUCUACACGGCUGAGUGCAAUGAGGAAGCUGCAGGACAACCCGCACGACAUCGAAGCCAUCAAAGCCUUGCACAACGUCCAGAAGGAAAUGCAGAACUGGGCCCUGAGCAAACAGGAACCGGGCCAGUUCACAGGCUCAACCGGGGUCAAGGUUCUGUCGCAGGAGGAACUCUCGGCAGGCCACCAAGCCUGGGCUCGGAAGGAGCAGUUUAAGGAGGCUGCCCCUGUCAGGCCACAGUUUGGGCUGAAGAUGCUGCAGAAGAUGGGCUGGUCUCCUGGGGAGGGCCUUGGCAAGAACAAGGAGGGCACUCUUGAGCCUCUUCUGCUUGACGUCAAGAUGGACAAGAAAGGUUUCCACGCCCAGGAAGAGCUGACCCCAAAGAAGCAGCCAAUCCCCUUGGCUAAGGACCUCUCGGGCAAGCAUCCUGUAUCUGCCCUGGUUGAGCUCUGCUCCAAGAGGAAGUGGUCGCCUCCCGAGUUUGAGAUGGUCUUCGACUGCGGCCCCGAGCACAAGAAAAACUUUCUCAUGAAGGUUAUGGUUAAUGGCCAGGAGUACAAGCCUUCAGUGGCUGCCUCGACGAAGAAGCUAGCCAAGGCAAACGCUGCCGCUGCCUGCCUCCAGUCACUUGGCCUCUUCCCCAAGGACCCAGCCAACCCCUUAUGAUACUAGAUAUCCCCAGACCAAGCAAAAAUACUUCAAGGAGUAGGGGAGGGAACAUAGCCAAAGGACCCCCUGAAAAGCCCACGUAUAGGAAGACCUAGAUAGACAUGUUUUUUUUUUAUUUCUCUCUCAGUACUUUUUCUGUCUUUCUUUUCCUUUUUUUCUUUUUUAUCCAUGGUCAAGGGAUAAACCAGAAAGAUCGGCUGGGUCCCUCAUGAUAUCAGAAGCCUUGAAAAUGAGUGAAUUGCAUCCUAAAAGGAUGAUAUAAGUAGGGAAGAAUGAGACAAAAGCAUCAGAGUCUGAGUAUGUGUGUGUGUUAGUCAGAGGAAGUGUUAGUAUGAGAGCGAGAGAGAGAGAGAGUGAGAGUGAGAGUGAGAGUGAGAGUGAGAGUGAGA